GGACCUUCUCAACAUGGCCGCCGAGUCCCGAGGCGUCACUUCCGGCGGGGUGGCGGAUAUAAGGAGAAGGACUUCCGCUUCCGCCCCUUUCCGGCGGUGACGGCCUCCCCGCGACGACAUGCCUCUCGCCAAGGACCUCCUGCACCCCUCCCCGGAGGAGGAGAAGAGGAAGCACAAGAAGAAGCGCCUGGUGCAGAGCCCCAACUCCUACUUCAUGGACGUGAAGUGCCCAGGAUGCUACAAAAUCACCACCGUCUUUAGCCAUGCACAAACGGUAGUUUUGUGCGUUGGUUGCUCCACUGUUCUCUGUCAGCCAACAGGAGGAAAAGCAAGGCUUACAGAAGGAUGCUCCUUCAGAAGGAAGCAGCACUAAGCGCACCUCAAAUCAAGAUGAGUGGGACACCCUCCCAAUAAACACAUUUUGGAUACA